AUGGGAAGAGCUGUGCAAGGAAGCCCUCGCCUCGGGACGUGGUGCUGGGAACCUGGUAAUGCCAUAACGUGCUUUGAUAAGCAGUAUGAACACAAGGGCAGGUGCUGCAACAGAUGUCAGCCAGGGGAAAAGCUGGUCUCUGAAUGCAGUGGCACGGAAAACUCUGUCUGCACCCGCUGUGAGAGCGGGCACUAUCAGCAGAGCUGGACCAAGGAGAGGCACUGUGCCCCCCAUGAUAUCUGUGAAGACAACGCUGGCCUCAUCGUGAAGACGCAAGGAAAUGCAACGCACAACACGGUGUGCCAGUGCCGGGCUGGCAUGCACUGCUCUGACAGCAGUUGCCAGACCUGUGUGGAGAACCAGCCCUGCCAGCGCGGCUUCGGCUUCGUGGCAGCCAAGGCUGUGGACCGGAUGUCCUCCCCCUGUGAGCCCUGUGCAGAAGGCACCUUCUCCAACAUCUCUUCUAAAACUGAGCCGUGCCAUCCCUGGACAAGCUGUGAGGAGAAGGGGCUGGUGGUGAAGGCGAAAGGGACGAACACCUCGGACGUAAUCUGUGAUCCCAGGCGACGGGCACAGAAGCAGGUAGAGGCUGGGAAGCCCACAGAGAACCUAGAGGCCCAGCAGCCCAUGGAAGAUGGAGAGGAUACUCACCCUAUGCAGGAGACCCUGCUCAGGGGCCAGCCUGUGGCCCAGGAAGAUGGCAAGGAGAGCCGCAUCUCGGAGCAGGAGAAGCUGUGA